AUGAGGAGCCGUAUCAGAUGUAGCAUUGUUGGUGAAACAAUGGUGGGAAAGACCACAUUGUUAAAGUCUUACGUCACGUGCAAGCCUCCUGAAAUUUACUCCCCGACAAUUUAUGACAAUAUCAAAGGUUUCGUUGUUCUUGGACACAAGCGAUACAAAGUAAACCUUGUGGACACAGCCGGACAGCAUGAAUAUUCGAAACUUUGUACGGCAUCGUACAGCAAGAGCAAGGUAGUCAUCCUUUGUUACAGUGUGAUAGACAGGCAAUCAUAUGAACGGAUGAACACUUUUUGGAUUCCGGAGAUUCAAAAAAAUAUCGGGAAGAGGGUACCGAUAGUUUUGGUUGCUACUCAUACAGACCUUCGGCAUGACAAGUACAUUCAAAGAUGCGUACAGGUCGUGACUACAUCUGAAGGAAAACAGUUAGCAGAAUUGAUUGGAGCUAACGGAUUUUUUGAAAUAUCUAAAUCAAACAUUAACCAACUCAAUGCCAUUUUUGAAUGCGCAGUAACGGCUGUUAUAAGCAAUAAAAAUACAUUAUUAACAAUUUUUAAGAAAAUAUUUUGCACUACUUGUAUAAAUAAAAAUGAAUAA